AUGUGCAAAGUGUCUGUGAGUGAUGACAUCAUCCCAAUCCCCCAGCCUGCUUUUCUAGUGCCUGCUGGGCCUGCUGAUCUGUGUCAGUGGUGCUGUGUUCUCUGUGUCUGUGGGCUGGGCUGCCUGCAGUCAUAGUGUUUUAUCUCAGCCCACUGCCUGGGGAAUUCUAGCCUGGGAUCUAUCAGAGUGUGGAUCCAUCAUCCUCCACUCACUGCAACUGUCACUCUGCCACUGCCAGCCACAGAUACAGUCCAUCCGUGACACUGAUUUUGUCUUUAAUAUUGGUGCUGGUGGCAUCUUAUGGCAC